UGGGUGGGCCAGAUACCAGGUUUAUACCAGGCUUCGUGCUGCACCAGCACCCUGUGACCUUGAGCAGAGGAUCACCGGGCUCACCCUGUGCCAAAGGUCGGUGUUGAGCGAGCCGAGCCGAGCCGAGGCCCCCACAGCUGCCACAGGGUGAGCUCAGCAAGGGCUUUGUGGAGGCUCUGAAGGCGGUUGUGGGGAGCUCCCAUGUGUCCACCGCUGUCGCCGUCCGUGAGCAGCAUGGUCACGACGAGUCCAUGCACAGGUGCCAACCUCCAGACGCCGUGGUGUGGCCCCAGAAUGUGGAGCAGGUCAGCCAGCUGGCCGCCCUGUGCUACAGCCAAGGAGUGCCCAUCAUCCCAUUUGGCACGGGCACUGGGCUUGAGGGUGGAGUCUGUGCGGUGCAGGGCGGUGUCUGCAUCAACCUGACCCACAUGGACAAAAUCCUGGAGCUGAAUCUGGAAGACUUCUCUGUGGUGGUGGAGCCAGGCGUCACCCGCAAAGCUCUCAACACCCGUCUGCGGGACAGCGGCCUCUGGUUUCCCGUGGACCCAGGUGCAGAUGCCUCUCUCUGUGGCAUGGUGGCCACUGGGGCCUCGGGCACCAAUGCCGUGCGCUAUGGCACCAUGCGGGAGAAUGUGCUGAACCUGGAGGUGGUGCUGCCUGGCGGUGAGCUGCUUCAUACCGCAGGCCUAGGCCGUCAUUUCCGGAAGAGCGCAGCUGGCUACAACCUCACAGGGCUCUUUGUGGGCUCUGAGGGGACACUAGGACUCAUCACAGCUGCCACUCUGCGUCUGCAUCCUGCCCCUGAGGCCACAGUGGUCGCCACCUGUGCAUUCCCCAGUGUCCAGGCAGCCGUGGACAGCACUGUUCACAUCCUCCAGGCUGCGGUGCCCGUGGCCCGCAUUGAGUUUCUGGAUGACGUCACGAUGGAUGCCUGCAACAAGCACAGCCAGCUGAACUGCUCCGUGGCGCCCACUCUCUUCCUCGAGUUCCAUGGUUCCGAGCAGGUCCUGGCCGAGCAGCUACAGAGAGCAGAGGAGAUCACCCAGGACAAUGGAGCCUUCCACUUCUCGUCGGCCAAGGAGGCUGAGGAGCGCAGCCGGCUCUGGGCAGCGCGGCACAGUGCCUGGUACGCGGUGCUGGCCCUGCGGCCGGGCUGCAAGGGCUAUUCCACCGACGUGUGCGUGCCCAUCUCCCGGCUGCCAGAGAUCCUGGUGCAGACCAAGGAGGACCUGAAGGCCCAGGGACUCACAGGAGCCAUCCUUGGACACGUGGGUGAUGGCAAUUUCCACUGCCUCCUGCUGGUGGACCCAGAGGACCCCGAGGAGCUCCACAGGGUCAGGGCCUUUUCAGAACUGCUGGGCAGGCGGGCACUGGCACUCCAUGGGACAUGUACUGGGGAACAUGGCAUUGGGCUGGGCAAGCGCCAGCUGCUACAGGAGGAGGUAGGUGCCGUGGGCAUGGAGACCAUGCGGCGGCUGAAGGCCAUGCUGGAUCCCCGAGGCCUCAUGAACCCAGGCAAGGUGCUGUGAGGGCCUGAAAGCACUUGGCCCACAAGCCCCCAGACAGUGGAACCUCCUGUUCUGGAACCUUUCUUUUUGCCACAGAACAGUUCCGCCUCCGCCCAGACCUGCAGGAGGCUUGCCUGCCUUCCCCUUGGUCUGAGCCUCGCUGCUGCUGGGGGCCAGCUCCCUUAGCCUGACUCCACGUGCCUGGUGACAGGAACACUCCUUUCCUGGCGUGGGAAGGGAUCCCCCACUCUACGUUGAUAGGCUUCCCUGGGCCCCUAAAGCAAACCAGAGCCCCAUUUGCAGCAGUCUGGAGAUGAGCAGGCAGCCCCUAUGCAUGGCCUCCUGUGCCCGCCUCCCUCCCACCCCCGUCAGGUUCUCUGUCCUGUGGCCAGUGAUAUCCUCAGCCCUCGUUCUGGGCCUGUCCUUGGACUUACUGCAGCCUGGGGAGGGGAUGGUGCUUAGGCUACAGAAGGUUGCUUUCAGGGACCCAGGUCCCUGUCCCAACUGCUGUUUGUGAGAAGCUGAGAGCCUGAGGAUUUGCCCAUGGUCACCAUGAGCCUGGACCGAGCCCAAGAACAUUCUGAACAUGUUCUUCAAGUGGCUGUUGCCAAUCAAUGGAAAUGGAAGUGAAAUUAUUCUGCUUGUAUUAUACUUCUCCAUGGUGUGAUGUAUUACAUUACUAGCUCCCUCCCCCCGCCCCCCACGUCAGAUCUGCCCACCCUGGGGAUCCCUGGUGAGACCACUCAGUCCGUGUACUUCAGUUGUUCCCAAGCCCACAAGAGGGCGCCCACCACCAUGGCAUCUGCUCUGGGCAGAGGCACCCAGGACUCCCAUGUCCAGGGCCUACAGUUCUCUGCCCUGGGUACCCCUACUUCCCCAGGUUGAGGUGGGGGGAGGCUUGGUGUCCCGGAAGCCAAUCUCUAAAUCCCAUCCCAGGAGCCUAUCAUGUGGGCCCAUCUCCCUCACCCCCUUGGACUUGGCCUCUGAAUAAAGAUGAGCAAAGCAGGGAAA